CAGUAAUUCAAUGAAAAAAUCCUCACGCAAGCAAAGACCGAGCACAUCCUCAGUGAAAUACACUGAGGGAAAACCAUCUGUCAAAAAAGAAGUUGAUAAAGAGGAAGUGACUCAGCGUUCUAACAGGAAGACCUCCUCUCUAGCAAACGGUCUCUGUUCACCCUUCAGCACAGGGGAUGAUGGGAAGCCAGAGGUGGAUGGGCGAUCUGAAAAAGUAGCUGGGGACUCAGAAGGUGUAAAUGGCAGAGUGGAUGUAGAGGAUGCACCACCGGAUGGAUGGCCUCUACGAAGAGUCAUAUCCAUCGAGGAAGAUCACCUCCCACAUCUGCUGCAAGGAGACCCUCACCUUCUCCUCCAUCAGCUAAGUGAAGAAGAAGAGUGGGGCAAAGAAGAAGGUCAGGUCAGUCUGACCAAGUCAAGCUCCCUGUACCCGUUCAAUGCAUCCCUGGCCUCUGCUGACUCUCCACCACCAGUUAGAGUGAAGAAGCUGUCUAAGAAGAAAUGGAUCAGAGGAUACAUACCCUCAUCUGCACGGGGUCAGCCAGUCGGAAAGGAGACCCUCCAGCAGGGUCCUGCAGAAAGAUCCGCUGCUUCCCCUCAGCGCCUCUUUAAGGUCAUUCUGGUGGGAAAUUCCAGCGUUGGCAAAACCGCUCUGCUGCGACGCUUCUGUGAUGGACAGUUUCAUUCGGCCACCGCAGCCACUGUGGGCAUUGACUAUAGUGUGCGGACACUGAAUUUGGGGGACAGUCAUGUGGCUCUUCAGUUAUGGGACACUGCAGGCCAAGAAAGGUAUCGCAGCAUUACCAAGCAGUUUUUCCGUAAGGCAGACGGCGUGGUGGUCAUCUAUGACAUCACAAUGGAGGACAGUUUCAGAUCAGUCCGCACCUGGCUGGCCAGCAUACUGGAGGCUGUAGGCGACCCUAUACCCGUCAUGCUCCUUGGCAACAAAUCGGACAAGGAGAAUGAGAGAGAAGUGCAGACAAAAGAGGCCAAUAUGCUAGCAGAGGAAGCAAACUUGAUGUUCUACGAGUGCAGUGCUUACACUGGAGCUAAUGUGCUGGAGGCCAUGAUUCAUCUGGCCAGGGUCCUGAGGGAGCUGGAAGACAGAGUAUGGGUAAACACGGUCAGACUGGUGGAUCAACCUUUAAAGAAGAAAGCCUGCUGCAAGUGACCACACACACACACACACACACGUAACAAAAAACACACAGGUGAAAUCACUUUAAGCUUUACGUAUCAUCGUCAAACCCCAUUAUACUCAAUGUAAAUAAUUUAAUGUUGGCUGAAAGAGGACAAAUUCACUUAUAUUUGUAUCAAACAUUAAUAGUGUAAAGUGUAAAAAGGUUUUUCAUGUCUAUUUGUCAAAGAGCAUUGUAUAUCUGUGCACAUCUGAUGUAUGUCUCCAAUUGUAGAUGAAGUAUAUUAUAGAUUCUCAGACCAGUUUAUCACCUCAUUUAAAUGAUCUUUGUACAUAUUCUAUUUGUUAACGAUACCAAUUGUCAAUCACAAUACAUUUAUUGAGAAAAUGUGUUCAGUCAAGCUGCAUGUGACCAACUUAUCCGUUAUCCUAUAAAACCAAGUGAGUGAGAGCAAAGUAAUUCAGGAGAAAAUGUGAUUGUUUGUUACUUCCCAUUUAUUUAGCAAUGCAAUAGCCUCAUUCAACCCACCUGAAGUCUUGCUAGUAUCAUGAAACCUGGAUUUCAAACGUGCCAGGAAAACCUCAUUGCAUGAACAAGAAGUGUUUCAGUUACCAUUCGCAGAGACCGUUCAGUUGACGACAACAACAUGAAGCACCGAAAUCUUCAAAUAUAUUAUUGAGGGAAGAACAUUGGCUGGAUUCAUAAUCAAAGAUGUUGAGCCUCAUUCGUUGUCUUCAUCUGAACUGCUCUGGGAUCAUUUUACACAAAAGUUGUAUGUGACAAUGACUUGACAAUUGACCAAGAACACAAAACCAAAAAUAUUCUUAAGUUAAAACUGUCACAUUAUGUUACACUAAAAUAACAGAUCUUGUAGGUCCUGUUUUUGAUAAGAAUGAUUUAAAAUAGUGUAGCUGCUCUUAGAGUACCUUUAGAAAAAUCUUAGUGAAACCUGAAUGAAUUCAAAUAAAGCAAAGGCAGAAAACAUGCCAGUGGUCACUAUAUUAAACAACUCAACACUAACCCAAUAAAUAUAACACAAUAAAAGCACUUAAAUAUAA